AUGGUGUUGGGAAAAGCAUCGAGUUCAUCCUUUAGCAUGAAAUCAGACGAUGACAAUAACUUGACAGUGUUGGUUGUUGAUGACAGUCCAAUGAUCCGAAAACUCCAUGACAUGCAUUUCAAGAAGUUUGGACACAAAGUUCAAGUCGAUCUUUUCCGUUUCGGAGAUUCUUUCGAUCUCAUUCUAAUGGACAAAGAAAUGCCUGUCAUGGAUGGGGCCGAGGCGACAAAGGAGCUGAGAGCUAUGGGAGUGAAGAGCAUGAUCGCUGGUGUAACUUCACUUGACUCACCAUAUGAUAAGCAAGUUUUCAUGGAGGCGGGCUUGGAUUAUUGCUUUAACAAGCCUUUGACUGCCGAUAACAUUAGUUUUCUUCUGCAAGAGCUCAACAAGAAGAACGGUGACAAAAUCAGAUGUUGUCAUUAUCAGUUUGGUUAA